AUGAUGGAACCCCUGAAGAAGUUUCAGUUGAAAGCUUUGAUCCAUGUGGACUUUGUGGCACAUGAGGAUUUCUCAUUCCUGGACAAAAGUGUGUUGGAGAAAUUUGAGGAGGUCAAGAAGUUGGGGAUGUUUCUAGAAGCAAACAUUCCAAAGGGGAUGUCAACUAAGGAUAUAAUUGAUGGAAUCAUUGAGGAGUACAGGAAAGAUCCUCAAUUCUUCCAAAGACUCCAGCAUCCAGUUCCCUCCUAAUAAUGAAAACAUGAAGGAACAUCCAUCAAAUUAAUCUGCUUCAUGAUUUGUGAAAUCAGAAGCCUAUCAUGAACUGGAAAACAUCAUUGAAGAAAUCAUGUUGUGGAGAAUCUGUUGGACAUGUGAAGCCAAGAAAAGGAGCACCUACAAAGAGCACAUCACACAAAGCUUUCAUUUUAUGCUUUUGAGUGGUUUCUCACAUUGAUUCUGAUAGAAUGAAGAUUUUAAUGACUUGCUUGUUUUCAGAAGAUUUGUUUUCUUUGAAAAGAAAAAUAUUCAGAAUACUUAAAAGUACAGUACCUGAAAUACAAUUUACUGAGUACAUUAUAUUUAUAUCUUCCCAGACAAUUUGUGGAGAAAAUUCUUGCAUGAUUUGGGGAAAAUGUACCACCACUUGGGCACAAA